ACUCCCCGCGCUGCCCCCGCCGGCAGCCUCCGCCGACGGGACCGUCCGGGGGACAUGUAUUCCUCUGAGAAACGCUGGACAGCAGAUUUGGGUGCAGCACCUGUUCGGGGCCACAUACAGAGACGUCUCCAGUCAUGGAUUCAGACCAGGAUGUAGCAUUCAAACUUGCCCAGGAGCGAGCUGAAAUAGUUGCUAAAUAUGACAGAGGACGAGAAGGCGCAGAGAUUGAACCUUGGGAGGAUGCUGAUUACCUGGUUUACAGAGUCACAGAUAGAUUUGGCUUCUUACAUGAAGAAGAGCUCCCGUAUCAUAACGCAGCUGUGGAACGACAAAAGCACCUGGAAAUUGAAAGAACUACUAAAUGGUUGAAAAUGCUAAAAGGAUGGGAAAAAUACAAGAACACUGAAAAGUUUCAUAGGAGAAUUUACAAAGGAAUCCCACUCCAGCUCAGAGGUGAAGUCUGGGCUCUACUCCUGGAGAUCCCUAAAAUGAAGGAAGAAACAAGAGACCUUUAUAGUAAAUUAAAACACAGAGCACGGGGUUGUUCACCUGAUAUCAGACAAAUAGACCUUGAUGUCAACCGCACUUUUAGGGACCAUAUCAUGUUCAGGGACAGAUACGGCGUUAAGCAACAAUCCCUAUUCCACGUUCUCGCUGCUUAUUCUAUUUACAACACGGAGGUUGGAUACUGUCAGGGGAUGAGCCAGAUCACAGCCUUACUCCUCAUGUACAUGAAUGAAGAGGACGCCUUCUGGGCCCUUGUCAAACUCUUCUCGGGCCCCAAACAUGCCAUGCAUGGUUUUUUUGUCCAUGGUUUUCCCAAACUCUUGAGGUUUCAAGAACAUCAUGAAAAAAUACUGAAUAAAUUUUUGUCCAAGCUUAAGCAGCACUUGGAUUCCCAAGAAAUCUACACAAGUUUUUACACAAUGAAAUGGUUUUUUCAGUGUUUCCUUGAUCGGACUCCCUUUACACUAAACCUCAGAAUAUGGGACAUCUACAUCUUUGAAGGAGAGCGAGUUCUUACAGCUAUGUCUUACACGAUCUUAAAAUUACACAGAAAACAUCUUAUGAAAUUGUCUAUGGAAGAACUUGUAGAGUUUCUUCAGGAGACCUUGGCGAAGGAUUUUUUCUUCGAAGAUGACUUUGUAAUAGAGCAACUUCAGAUAUCCAUGGCAGAACUAAAGCGGGCAAAAUUAGAUCUUCCAGAACCUGGUAAAGAGGAAGAAUUUCCGAAGAAACCUUUGGGACAACUUCCCCCUGAAUGUCAGCUGGCUGGCGUCAGUCACCUGAGCAACGGACAGAGAAGUGUGGGCAAGUCAAGUCCCCGGACAGGGAGCAGAAGGGAAAGCAGCUCCUCUCCUCACAAGACACACGAGCACUCCCCUCACCAUCAGAGCAGAGCUGGUACCCCGGAAAGAGUGAGGCAGCCAAGGCGGAAGUCAGUGGACGAGGAAAGUAAAAAGCUUAAAGAUGAGGCAGAUUUUCAAAAAAGGCUUCCAUCAGGUCCGCAAGACAGUUCCAGGCAGUAUAACCAUGCAGCUGCUAACCAGAAUAGCAAUGCCAUUUCAAACAUCAGGAAGGAGUUUGUGCCCAAAUGGAAUAAACCGUCAGAUACGUCAGCUAUUGAAAAAGCUGCCAAAUACGCCAUCGAAGGCAGAAGCAGAGCUGCCCACCCCACACUUCGGAUCACCGUCCCGAGUUCAGCAGAUGCUCGGGUACCCAGCGUCAGGCAGAAGAUGAAGGUCUUGGAUGCUGACGAAGGGAAGCGGGGCUCGAAUGCAUCCCAGUACGAUAACGUUCCUGAAAGUGAGAAUGGCGCUGCUCUGGAAGAGGCCCUCGAGCGGGCGUCCUCGCACAGCCCCAGGGGCAUUGCUUACUCUCACAGUCCCAGGAGGCAUGCCGAGCCAAGCUCCAGUCCACCCAAAGUACCCAACAAGUUUACUUUUAAAGUACAGCCUCCAGGUUAUGCAAAAUACCCGCCUCAGUUCAAUGGGGAAGAUCGUGGGACAGGGCAUCCCCCAUCUUACAGUAAUCCCCCCGAUUACCAUGGAAACCCUCCUCCCAAGCACGUCCCUGCUGCUCACAGCAGCUUUGUGCCUCCCCCGUUCACCCUUGGGACUCACGUGAAUCCUCCUAGGAGACCUUAUGGUUCUACUCUUUCAGUCAAUGCUUCUCCAGAGAAACCCUCCCACCGCCCGACUCCAGUCAUCCUGCCAUCCAGUAGAAUAGAAGUUCUCCCUGUGGAUUCUGGUGCCAGCGGGUAUUCGGGCAAUUCAGGGUCGCCGAAGAAUGGAAAAUACAUCCUUCCUCCAGCAGAUCGUUUGCCAGAUAACAGAAAAUGGUCGGAAAUUGGUUACACGUUCAGGCCAGAGAUGCAUGGACAGUCGUGGGCUCAAGAUGCAGACCACAGCCACUUAAGCAGUUUACCAAAAUAUCUCACCUUUCAACGUGGACCCUUUCAGGACCACAGCCUCCCAGCAGUUUCUGUAGAUAGUCCAGUGCGGUACAGAACUUCCCCAGCGCUGGAAGAUGCCAGUUCAUCUGGGUAUCAGUAUUCAGGGCCCUCGCCUCCGGCUCAUCACUACAGAAAUCGGGAUGGACUCUCCAUCCAAGAAUCAGUAUUGCUGUGAGAAUUUAUCUGUGCUUGCUACAGACAAGAGAAUAGAAACCGUGUGAAACCUACAUUGCUGUGUUUAUAAUUGCCAAAGCAGUGUUUUAUACAAUUGUGAACAACUCGCACAAUUCGGAUGUAUGUUAGUAAUAAGAAUAUAUGGGAGCGUUUUCAUCCCCACCUAAAUGCUGCUUAAGAUGAGCUUUUAACUUGCAUCAUCACUGAACCUGUUAAAAGGAAUUUAAUGUGGAAACAUAGCAAUAGCAUUUAGGGACGUACGCUCGGUUUCAUUUGUAUCUUUCUCCAACAUCUGAAUAUUCGUACUCUGUUAGCCCAUUCUAUUUUGAGUGAUGUUACAAAGCACUGAAAACCUGAGCUGAAUAGUUACUUUUAAGGCUGUGUGUAGUGUAUGUGUCUUUCCCUAGAUACCAUGGGCAUCUGUGCAUUACACGUUUGAACGCAGAACUAAAGAAAUGUUAACGAAAGAAACUACUUUUAAUCUAGAUCCAUGGAAUAAUUUAUUCUUCUUUUCUCCCUAACUUGUCUUUUGGUCAAAUUUUUUUUCCCCUCCCCUUUUAUUUUUAACCCAGGUCCUAAACUGACUUAAGGGUUUGCCCUGACUUAAUUCAGUGUCUCACAGAAUGCUCAGCUUUUUCAUCCAGUUGCUGGCAUUUUCUCUGAAUCUGAAAAUUGAAGACAUUGGAGAGAAAGGCUGACCACUUAAUGGUGCUUAAAAAUCGGGGCAGUUAAAGUAAGUUUAUGGCCAAAGGUGCAGCGCUCAGAGGAUCCUUGUUCACCAAGAGAUCUGUUUUGGUGCAUCUGUGCCCUUUGUUCUGGUCUGACUCUUGCAAAGCUCAGAGCAGAACGUUCCUCGCCAGAUGCCCAGGCGGUGCUGUGGCGCAGCUGUCCGGCGGGCGCCAGCAGGAGAAGCUGCACGUUACCAUCAAGCACUCACACGGGGCGGCGGAGCAGGCUCCUCUGAAAUUCGUUUGAAAGCAGGAUCAACAAUACGGUUACUUCUUACUUCUGCCCCUUGAAUUCCUGCAGACCCUCCCCGCAAAGGGCCCGGGUGGCAUUUACACGAUCUUUUCCUGACACUCUAUCUUUAAAGAAUGUAGUCAGUGGAUAUUGCUGCACUUAGGCCAUUAAAUUAUCGUUGUGUAAAAUUGUGAAAAAACGAUCCUAAUUAUUACUGGAAUCUUAAGAGUUGGAUCUUUUUUUUUUAAUAGUGUAAGUUUCAUACUUUCAGAAAUCUUUUUGUCUGUUCGCGUCAGUGAAAAAAAUUCAGGAUCAUCAUAACGAAGACAGCAGUGUCUCUUAAAAUUUUGUUUUACACUACAGUUGCCAAAACACUGACCACGUUUUGGGCACUCCAAGAAAGUCUGACUUUGUUGUCAACAUUCCUUUGCUCCAGUUUGCCUCAGAGAGAGUAGAAAACCUCAGAUAGAUGGCUCUUACUGUUGCAAGUUGAGACUUUAAGCUUUCAAGGUACAGAGGUAUGUCUUUUAAAACGAGAGUAACAGUUGUUUAGUUCCUGAAUGUGACAAUGUUUUUUGUGUAUAUAAUGAGUCUAAUGUAAUUUUAACCAACUCGGUCAUGAUGUUAUUAAAAAUGGCAAAACAAAUGCAGUGUGUUAGUGGCUAAGCACUGCACAGAAGCUCAGACUAAAUCCGGGCACACCGGGCCGUUGACUCAGAUCAUGUGGAAGCUUAGAAGUAAAUGUAUAUACAAAUGUAGCUGGGGAUAUGAAUUCCAGUCUUAAACCAUGACUCUGUGACUUGUAAUAAACCAAGCUGUACAAUUUAGUUUAUGAUAGCAGCCUCUGAGCUGCUCCAAGAUAUAUAUAUCAACAGUGGAAAUACUGUAGAUUUAUAUUUAUAUAUAUAUGCAAAAUAUAUAUACACACACACUAUUUUCUUACGUCAUCUAUGACAUUUUUUAUCUGUAUACUUUUUUUGAUGUGAUUGUUUUUAACAUGCUAACUAUUUUGUUCUGUGUCUUUUAUGUGCUUUUUUCUUCGUAAGUCAGAAGUGCCGCAUCUCUGAUACUUCGGAAGCUAAUUCUCUUCUGAGUAGAUGGUGCCCAGUGUUUGCCUACAUGACUUCAGCUCGAUCACAGUUCUCUGCUCCAUGCUUUGCUAAUUCCCAGUAGUUCUGUAUUUAGACCCGCAUCACCUUGCCUUUUUUUUAUUCAAUCGUGAGUAGUAACAAUGAGGUCUUCUUUUCAGUCUUCCUCAUUGUAAAAUGUAGCUCUCUGUUAGUUUGUCAAGAAAAAUUUAAUUCGAAGUUAUUUUGCCUCUGUGCAAUUUUAUUCUUUCAAAUUUAUGUUUUAAUAAAAGGUAAAUGAUGAAACAAUGAUGAAACAUGAAAUAAUAUUCAUAAAGUGGGUUAAAUAUAUUUAUAAAAAAACAUAAUAGGUUAGUUUUUUCACGGUGUGGAGACUGAUUUUACUCUGUAACUGCAUGUCCAGUAGGUAAAUAUUUUGCCACUGUUGAGCCUUUUUCUUUGUAGCAGUUUUGCUUUGCUUAUUAACACAAUAAGCACUUUGGUAUAGUUUUUUUUUUUCUUUUUUCAUAUUUACUUUGAAACGUUAAAGAAACUAGACCCAGGGUCUCAAAGGGUUUUAAAACUUCAACUUUUUCAGGUGCUUAUGUUGUUUUUAGAAUUUUUUAAAAUAGCAUUUGGAGCUGGAAGACACCUGUAUCUGUCAGAUCGGAUCCAUAUUGGGUAUAAAUUGGACUGACAAAAGACAGAUUAACAGGAGAAAAGGAGACAAGUUUAGUAACGUGCAUCCUGCGUCCAUGUGGUACCCAGUGAUGAGUCACUCAGGAGGGUUAGACUUGGGGUCUCUGUACUACACUUAGCCGGGGGGGGGGGGUAGGGGAAAGGGAUGAGGAAGAAGGGCACUUAUGGAAAAUAAAUGGGCGUUUAGGGAGAUGGAAUAGUUGGUGACAGUUUGGUUGUGGCGCCAGGAGAGAAGGUUAGAGCUUCCAGGAGGGGAUUUAUGACCGUUGAGUCCUUUGGGGGAGGCUCUACUUUUAGCCAGAUCAGGGAUUUCAGGAACUCCAGUGUCUUUAGCUCAAAAUCAUUCUGAUCCCCUUCGCUGUCAGUGACAGAAUGUUUCUUGAAGGAAGAGAGAUUCCGCCAAUGGGACAUUUUUGGAAGGGAAAAUCAGAUGUUUACAGGAUGUAGUGUGAUCGUCUUAACUUUUUUCAUUUUAAGACAGUUCCAAUGCUGUUGUAUGUCAUAUUGAGUGUCAGCUUGAACGUGGGAUUUUGUGUUUGUCAUUCAGAUCUCCCUUAGGGCCCGCUGAUCAUAAGCACAGAAAUGAUGCCUGCUUAGUACUUUGCUGAGAUCUCCUUUCUUUUCAUUUUCAUGGUUAGAGAAAAACAUUCCAUGUCCACAAAGCAGGAUUUAUUCAUAGAGGUUGCAAGUCCAAGAUCAAGGUAAGGAUCUCCAGCUUAGUCUUCAGGAAAUACUACUGCUCCCGGUUACCUUUUGCACUCACACCUUCAUUUUAAUGUGCGCUUGUUUGUGGGUUAGUAAGACUCAUUGUGGCAAUGUGUGUUUUUCCCCUUUGUUUCAACUGUCUUAUAGUAGAUUUUAAAUACAUUUUUGAUACGGAUAUUGAUACUGACUGACCAGAUGGUUUCAGUAAGUCGGACUUGACUUUGGCAGUGACCUAAGGUACUGAGAAUAGGAAGAAAAAAUUCCGUCGAACAUGGAUCUGUGAAUUGCACUUUCAGAAGGAUUUUGGUUAUCCAUGAAUCUAAGCAUAACUGCCACCAUUUUAUCAGUAAGAACACCAAAAAACAGGAACAAAUUUUAGAUUUCUUGGAAGUAGCUCUUGAGUCUUCUGGUCUUUAGAAUUAUCUGGGGAACUUGAAAAAAAAGUAGUUGUUGUAUAUGCUCACUGUGAGCGGUCCCCAGAAUUCUUAACAGAUCAGUUUCAGAGUUUAGAAACUCUGAUUUCAGGUAAGUUAGGAAAACUUGCACUGGAAAGGCGGGCAUGACCAGCCGUCUGUGAACGCUGACGGAGGGCCCCGAGCUGUGGGAAGUGUGGGCGGCUUCCGCUGAAGGGGGCCUGGGCCCUGAAGUUGCUCCCACUCCUGCUGACCGUAGUUCUUCAAAAUAGGUAGAGCCCUGGGAAGACUUAUUUCCAUUUUCCUGCAUGACCUCUGUCCCUUUGCUUAAGUGACUUGCUGGGAGGAAGCCUACGCUCCCUGGAAGCCUGAGUGAUUUUCCCCACGUGAGGAGCUGAGGCUUUGCCGCGCAGGCUGGGCACCUGCUCGGCCAGCCAGCGCUUGGUCGAGCCCCUCCCGGGUCCUGGUUGCCCUGGGACUGGGCCGGGUUCAUACUUCAGGGUAGGAGAUGCGUUUUAUAAUCCACGUCUCAGCUCAGUGUGGAGAUGGGCGUGGUGACUAUUAUGGGCACAGAAAGGCCCAGCUCGGGAGGACCAGGGAGGGCCUGUGAGCGGUGUCGCCUUAGCUGAGCUGGUGAGGAAUCAUAGGGCAGACGGACAAGAGGGAGAAGAAAGGGCAUUUGCCCAGAGGGGGUGGCCGUGGUAAGUGUGGACUUGGUGUGUGUGGGGGAUGGGGUGGGGGGGGUCCCGCAGAGACCAGGUUGUGGAGGGCCUCAUGUGCCCUGGGACUGGACGCAUAGGUGGGGGUGCAAGCCUGACGUUGGGGUGAGGGCAGCAGGGGUUCUGUCUAAGGUCUUCUGUCUAAAGGGGAUUCCAGAGCUUCACACCAGGGAAGAAGUAAUGAAGAACGGUGAUUAAUUUGAACACUACUAAGUAAAGAAUCACUAGCAUUACUGGCAUAUCUGGCACUGCGCUAAGCGUUUCACCUGUGUUAAUCCAGUUGGUGCUCGCAGUGACCUCGAGGCAUGCACUGCCUGACUUCCUGGUUCACAGGUGAGGAGUUGAAGGCACAGGGAGCUGCAGUAACUUUCCCGGCAUGCUGGGGGUGGAGCCAGGACUUCCCACCCCCACCAGCAGUUUUAAGGACGUGUAAUUUACCCACCAUAAAGUUCACCCGGUUAAGUGUGCACAUCAGUGAUUUUUUCAGUCAGUUUAUGGAGUUGUGCAACCAUUACAGCAAACCAAUUUUAGAACAUUUCCGUCACCUCAAGAAGAUCUCUUGUGUCUGUUUGUAGUCCAUCUCCAUUCCCACCCCCAGCCUCAGGCAACCACUAAAACACCUUCUGUUUUUCUGAUUUGCCUUUUCUGGACAUUUCCUGUGGAU